CUUCAUUCAUUUUCUUCUUCUCCCUCAUUUCCAUUUCCAUUUCCAUUUCCAUCUCCAUCAAAAUAAUAAUAGUAAUAAUAACUACAAUUUCAGUUUUCUUUCGAGAUUCAGAUCUGAAACUUUCGCGUUUAGGAGCAAAUUGAAAAAUGGCGACGGUGUCUCCUCUGGCGAAAUACAAGCUGGUAUUCUUAGGCGAUCAAUCCGUUGGUAAAACCAGCAUCAUUACCCGCUUCAUGUACGAUAAAUUCGACACGACUUACCAGGCUACCAUCGGGAUUGAUUUUUUGUCAAAAACAAUGUAUCUCGAAGAUCGUACAGUUCGUUUGCAGCUUUGGGAUACUGCUGGGCAGGAGAGAUUCAGGAGUCUUAUCCCAAGCUACAUCAGAGAUUCUUCUGUUGCAGUAAUCGUCUAUGAUGUAGCUAAUAGGCAAUCAUUUUUGAACACUUCAAAGUGGAUUGAGGAGGUACGCACAGAACGAGGCAGUGAUGUCAUUAUUGUCCUUGUUGGGAACAAAACUGAUCUGGUUGAUAAAAGGCAAGUUUCUAUAGAGGAAGGAGAUAACAAGGCUCGUGAAUUUGGAGUCAUGUUUAUAGAAACCAGCGCAAAAGCAGGAUUCAAUAUCAAGCCUCUCUUCCGCAAGAUUGCUGCUGCGUUACCUGGGAUGGAAACUCUUUCUUCAACAAAACAGGAGGACAUGGUGGACGUGAACUUGAAGCCUACUGUCAAUUCAUCCCAGAAGACAGAACAACAAGGAGGGGGUUGUGCAUGUUAAGAGAAAUGUAUUUACUAAAAGCUUAAGAGAGAAAAAGUAGCAUUCAAGCAUUUUUUUUCAGCUAUCAAAUACACAAGUGAAUUUAGCAAACACCCGUAAAAUAUUGUUCCGGAGCAAAAUCUUUUUUGCUCUUCAGUUUACGAUCCAAUUUCUGGAUAUUUCAGGAAGGUGGCCUACGCUUCUGGUCCUACGGUAGGUUGUUUCACAUCUCUUACUGUUAUUUUCCUCGUAGUUUAUGGAACUUCUUCCAUGCGUCGUAGCAACUAGACUUCGAUUGUGUUGAGUAUUUUAUUUGUCUCACAAAAUUCCUUCUAGUAUAUAGCCAUUCAUUGUGUGACUUGAAUUGGCAGCUUUAAUGCUCAUAAGGAUUUUUUUUAUGAGAAUUUUCUACAGAUUCCAUUCUUUAUAUA